AUGGUGUUCAAGUUCAACAUCAUUGGCCGCAAGUUGCCCCACGUGCAUCGAGUCACUAGCACUAAUGCCUUAAUGUCGUUCAUACCCAUUCGCUGCAACAUCGGGGAUAUUCCACGCAGCGGUGGACGCGGGAGGCGGGCCACAAAUAAAGAGCAUGGUGCCCGUCGUUCGGUCUUUUCGGGGGCAUUCGUCAUUACUGCGGAAGCCCUUCUGAAUGCUGGGCCAUCGACUCUGUCCGGUUUCUUGCUAGUCGAUCGAGGUUUCAGGAGUGACAACUUCAAGCAAGCCCUGCAUUUCGAGUGA